CGAGAGAGAUAAAAGGGGCUCUCCCGGGGGCAGAGGGUGAGGUCGCAGCGCAGCCGCCUGGCCCCAGCCCUGGGCAGCCACGGUGGCCCUGACUUACCCCGGAGGAGGCUGCUGCUGCUUCUGCCUGACCACGCGAUGGCCGAGCGGGCUCUUCUGGUGCUGAUGGUCCUCACGCUGGGCAGGGUCCCGCUUGCCCCGGCAACCCCGCUCCCAGCCUUCCAGCCCCCCGCUCAGAACUUUCCUCGGGCCACUCCCUGUCCUGUGGCCUCAAAGAGCCCCUCGGCUGGCACCACGGACCCCUCCACCGCUAGGAGCCUCCCCAGCCCGGGCCCCCACCCUGGUCCCCGCAUCACCCUCUCGCUGGACGUCCCCCUUGGCCUGCAGCAGAUCCUGCUGGAGCAGGCCCGGGCCAGAGCUUCGAGGGAGCAGGCAGCCGCCAAUGCCCGCAUCCUGGCCCAUGUUGGCCGCCGCUGA